UUCCCUCUGACUUACGCAAGCAAAACGGGAAAAACUGAAGCAAUCGUAAACACUUACCAAAAUUAUUGAAAAUCAAAAACAGUAACGUCUCGCUAGCGUUUAUGGUGUCCGUCAACCCGAACCCGGUACAGGGUUUCUAUUUCUUCGAUCCAGUGGCCACGGCUCACUCCGGUGUUCAUUCAGUGACGCCUCCGGCGACUGUUACGGCACUUGCUGAGACUACCACAACUGCGGCGUCGUAUUCGGAUGAUGUUAAUAAGAAGGUUCGGAAGCCGUAUACGAUUACUAAGUCUAGAGAGAGCUGGACGGAGCAGGAGCAUGAGAAGUUUCUCGAAGCUCUGCAACUAUUUGACCGUGAUUGGAAGAAGAUUGAGGCAUUUGUCAGCUCAAAAAAUGUUAUUCAGAUCCGUAGCCAUGCACAGAAGUACUUCUUGAAGGUACAGAAGAGUGGGACAAGUGAACAUGUUCCACCCCCUCGGCCAAAGAGGAAAGCAGCUCAUCCGUAUCCACAUAAAGCUCCAAAAAAUGCAGCUAUGGUAGUAUCCCAACAUAGAGGGUCAUAUCAAUCUUCCUCUGCUAUGCUUGAACCCGGUUAUAUGCACAGGCCAGAUUCUUCAAUAGUUAUUGGAGAUCCUGUUAAAAGUGCAGCUUUCUCUUCUUGGAGUUCUAACUCAUCUUCACCAAUGGUCGUCUCUCAAGGGACUAAAGAUGAUGUGGGAUUGGGUGUGUCAACUGUUGCAUACAAAUGUUGUGAUGGAAAUAGUAGAAGCACCCCUAGGACUCACCAAAAUGGUGAAGCUAUUGAUCAUGAAGAUCAUGGGAAGCCCGUGAGAGUUAUGCCAGACUUUGCUCAAGUGUAUAGCUUCAUUGGCAGUGUCUUUGACCCCAAUGCAAGUGGUCAAUUGCAGAGGCUGAAGCAGAUGGAUCCAAUAAAUUUGGAAACAGUGCUGCUGCUGAUGAGAAAUCUGUCCGUCAAUUUGACAAGCUCUGACUUUGAGGAUCACAAAAAGCUGCUGGAAUCAUAUGACGCUGAAGCGGAGGCUAAAACUGGUGGCCCUUUCAACAGCAUCUGCAUUAAUAAUUCAGAGAGAGCCAUUCCAGCUGUCUAAGUGCUGAAGGGUGAAGGAGUUUCACGCUUCCUUUGCUCUCAGUAUGUUUGUGUCUGGUCUUUUGGGUUCCCAUCACUGACUUAGAACAGUUUAUUACGGGAUUAAGGAAACAAUCUGAGACGGGUUGAGAGAGAUGAACUUGGAAUGUCUUUUCUGCAUGUGUUUAUAUACAUGUUAUGUGGUAUGCUCGGUCUUUAGUUUGUAGCUCAGCUUGGCACUAGAAAUUAGUGGUGUGUGUACAUAUAUAUACACGAUAUGAGAGCAGUUUGUCUUUUUAAGUCUGUAUCAGAGGCUAUCUUGUACAGAGGUAUAUGAGUGUGAGUGCUUGCUGUAUAUAGAUGCAAGAGUUCUAUUAUGACUUUGCAUUUGGAAACAGAACGGUUAGGAAUAAGGGUAAUAACCUAUGUAUCAUAGCAGGGUCUGCCCUAUACCAAUGUUGGUAUGAGAAACUUGUAAGAACCCAUUGUGGUGUAAUUAGUGCAUGUUCUGUUUUCGUUUUUUCUCCAUUCA